AUGACGGCGUGCGGGGAGGACAACGAAGCAACAAGGAGGCUGACACUACUGGCGCGGACUUCUCGAAAAAUAAACAAGGUCGCGAUCAUUAUCAUGAACAAGAGGGCAGCAGGAGAAAACGAGCUAGUACGGAUCGCGGGCGCUUUCCCAGUAAGGAUUAUGACUCGGCGGGCAAGCAGGGCAUUCAGGAACUUGCCUCGUCCAGGGUUGCAGGGUUUAGUGCGAAUGACAAAGGACGGGACCACCGGCAUACAAGCGCU